AUGGGUAGCACGAUAAGUCGAGCAACAGAAUGGAUGUCUUCAAGCGGAGACUUAGCAGGAAAGCAAGAUCUUGCAAAAGUCAAUGAAGAACUUCUGCAUGAGAUAACGAAUUUUAUACUCCAUUAUGGUGAAGUAAAUCCAUGUGCGCUGAACAUAGUAUUCAAAAAGCCAUUGUGUUGGAGAACGAAGCUUACCCCUGAAGAUAUGACUAAUUAUCAGAAAACGGAAACAGGUGCAAUUUCGAAUAACAAGGACUCAGCUGGGUCGCCCCUUGCAUCCAUACAGCCUGUUGGUGACGCUGGAUUCAAGUUUUCGGUUUCUUGCCUUGAGGAAUGUGUUCAUAUCAUUAAUGCUUCUGGAACGCGUUACUUGUCCGAAGUGCGAAGUUGUCUUGAAUCUAACCCCGAUCCUAUGGCGAAUAUACUUGGUGAUCGCUUUUCUUGCUUUAACAUGGAAUCUACUGUUAAUCUUGGUCAAUAUAUUGGAGACGUAUUGGAUAACUCAAGUGACGGUACUGAGGAGUUACAAAAGAAAACCAUUCUUAAGAUGGCCAUGCAUUUUCAAGACUUAGACGGCAGAUUAAUGACUAAAUUCCUCCAAAGCAUUUCGAGUGAAAGGCUAACACCAUGUACUGUGGAGCAAGAAUUGAACGGGUUAGAAUGCGCAAUCGGAAAAGAUAGGACACGUUUUGUUCUUGAAUAUAUCAUGCCCACCGGUGUAUUCAAAAUGGUUCAGGAUAAUGGGUGCCGUUCACCUCCCUGGCGCCAAUUGUACGGUGAUAUUGCCUAUUUUUUGGUGAAAGUUCAUGGUUCAGACCACGAGUUGUCGGUUACAGCAGCUACCUACGGCUGGUUCAUAAAUGGGGGCUUCAAUCACAAAACUGGCCAGCUCAAUUUUGAGAAAACAGGCGAAGUUCAUCGCGAUUUGAUCUCACUAUUGUGUGCCAACAGUUCGAAAGUUGGCGAGUUUGUUAGGGAUGGUAAUCUUUCUCGUAACAUGAAAGUCGAGGCUGAAAACCGACUGGCGCCGCCCAAACUGCUACAUACCUCUUUGAAAGCGUCACGUAAUAACGGUGGAAAUGCUGAAGAUAUAAGGACGAAAAUGAAGAAGUCAUCGAUGGACAGUGCAAACAAAUUGCAAGCCAAUGUAACGCACCAUUCCAAAGCAGACCCAAAGCAAGCCAAUCAACGCCGGCAGCCCGCAGAUCCACACUCCUUUGAGAAUCCCCGUAAAAAGUGGACGGAACCAAGUGGAGAUCAGCUGGAAGCAAGGAACAAUGCGGCUCCAAGACGCGUUAGAGGAGCAAAGCGAGUCAAGUCAAGAGAAUUGGUAAAUGGCGCGUCCGCCAAUCCAGAGACUCGGAGUGACUCAGAUAUCGAUUGGCCCGUAUUGGACUCGAACAACAGUCGUGAACCGAAGCAGGAGUUUACAUCGACGAGUCUCGAUAACAGCGCGGACAUGCACGUGCAAAAUUCGAAUACGCAAGAAGCAGAAGAUGUUGAGGUCACUAAUGAAAUUGUGGAAGAAGAAAAAACCGAACAGCAGGAUACGGAGGAUAAACCUAAACUUGAGACUAGUGAGGAAAAAUCGGGUUUCGAUAAAGGUUUUUCGGUGGACUAUAUGGAAUCGACCAUGGAGGCAACACCAGCCCAAGCUAAACGGCCACGCACAACUAAGGACAUGCGAUUGAAACAACGGUACACCGAUAUAAUCACAAUUGAGCGAAUGAAAAAUCAAGGCUCAGUACGACGAGCGCCCUCCGGUACAGAAGAAAGCGCCAACGAAGUGAGCUCCGAAAGUGAAACGGAGGAAGAGGAAGAAGUGCCGGAGAGGAAAGCCGAUGCGAACGCAGAUCUUCCAUCCGAAUAUUGGCAGAUUGGAAAAAUAGUGAAAUACCUUAAGGGGGGUAACCAAACCUCAACUAUCAUAUCGUUAUGCGCCUUACAAGACAUGCCUUUGAAAACAGAAGUGUGCCAGCUAGCUGUACGAGACGUUGGCGGGAUGGAUGUCCUCAUCAACCUACUAGAAACUGAAGAGGUUCGAUGCAAACUUGGCUCACUGAAAAUUUUACGGGAAAUCACGAAAAAUCCUCAAAUCCGAAGAGCUAUCGCUGACGUUGGAGGGCUACAACCGCUGGUUAAUCUCUUGCGCAGCCCGAAUCGUGACUUAAAGUGUCUAAGUGCCGAGGUGAUUGCUAACGUAGCCAACUUUCAUCGAGCUCGAAGAACCGUUCGGCAGUAUGGAGGAAUCAAGAGACUGGUGGCCCUGCUGGACUGCCCAAGCCUGAAUAGCGUUCCGAUGACUCCAGAGGUGGAGAGGGACAUCGAAGUCGCCAGGUGUGGUGCACUGGCACUCUGGUCCUGUAGCAAAUCGCGAAAAAACAAGCUUGCAAUGAAACGCGCAGGAGUGAUCUCGCUUCUAGCAAGGCUGCUUAAAUCCCCUCACGAAAAUAUGCUCAUUCCGGUUGUGGGAACAUUGCAAGAAUGUGCUUCGGAGCAUACGUAUCGCGUAGCUAUCCGCACCGAAGGUAUGAUCGAAGAUAUAGUGAAAAACUUGAAACGUCCAAAUCCUGAGCUGCAAAUGCACUGUGCCUCCACUAUAUACAAGUGUGCAGAAGAGGCGGAAACUCGAGACCUCGUGCGACUGUACGGCGGAUUGGAGCCCUUGAUUGGCUUGCUUGGUAAUCAAGAGAACAAAGAACUUCUUGCCGCAGCCACUGGUGCUAUUUGGAAAUGUGCCAGUUCGAGAGAAAACGUUAACCAGUUUCAAAAGUUGGGAGUUAUAACAAAACUCGUCGGGCUGCUCAGCGAUCAACCUGAGGAGAUGGCUACCUAUUUGUACGUCGAUUCCAGCUCACCGAAAAUUCAGCUGGUACUGAGGACAGAGAGAGUAUUGAUCAACGUCGUCGGAGCUCUGGGUGAAAUGGCGAAAGACACAGCCAACCGAACCGCAAUCCGAAAGGCGGGUGGGAUCGGACCGUUAGUCUCCUUGCUGACGCGUACCAACCAGGAUUUGCUGAUAAACACCACUACAGCCAUAGGAAGAUGUGCUGAAGAGACCGAAAGCAUGAGCAUUAUAGAAAGUUUGGAUGGUGUGCGACUUCUGUGGUCUUUGUUGAAGAACCCGAAUCCCGAAGUUCAGUCGAGUGCCGCCUGGGCUAUCUGUCCAUGUAUAGAGAACGCCAAGGACGCUGGCGAGAUGGUUCGAUCAUUUGUUGGAGGUCUGGAGUUGAUCGUCAGUCUACUGAAAUCCAGUGACCUCAACGUGCUGGCGGCUGUCUGCGCGGCCAUCUCGAGGAUAGCGAUUGACGAAGAAAAUCUCGCGGUGAUCACCGAUCAUGGUGUGGUUCAACUUUUAAGCCGUCUAACCUGCACUAAAGACGACAAACUGCGCUGUCCACUGACGGACGCUAUUGCGCGGUGUUGCACAUGGGGAACCAACCGAAUUGACUUUGGUCGAGCUGGUGCUGUCAGCCCAUUGGUCAACUACUUACGGUCCCAUGACUCUAACGUUCAUCGAUCCACAGCAAAGGCGCUGUUUCAACUGAGCAGGGACCCCAACAACUGCGUGGCAAUGCACGAAGCUGGUGUCGUGAAACUUUUGCUCCAAAUGGUCGGCUCCCAAGAUCUGGAAUUGCAGAAUGCAGCAGCCGGAUGCAUCAGCAACAUUCGCAGAUUGGCAUUGGCCAAUGAGAGGGCACAACUGAAGCGAGUGCAGAUGCAUAAACCAAAGCCACCGGUCAAAUCCACCAAAAAGUACAGUCAUAGAACUAUUAUAAAAGAAAAACUCGGUGAUGAGCAAGAUGGGAAGCAGUUAGCUGCGGACAAUGCGUCACCAAGUCCAAAUGAGGAGAAAGCAGCAUCACUGGCCGAAGGAGAACAGACGGAUGGUGAAGAUGUAGCGGAAUCUCGUACAGAGCCCGAAACCAACCUUCCCACGGAUGGUGCGGAAGAUCACCAUGAGUCAUCGGGCAAUCCCGUAGAGACGCAAGAAUGAAACCUCGUCUGUUUUGAAAGACGGUUGUCAUCACCAUGGGCUGAAUUAUGACAGGCCGGCAAGAACGCCGAACCAUACGACCGGCCAGCGAGUGUCUUUCAGAUAAUCAGUUCAGCUCUCUAGGGUCUUAUUUUACACCCGAGGAUCGACGUGCUGUGUUCGUAAACCGAAUAAUCUUUUAAUUACAAUCCAUCGGCUGCACACCAAGAUGUUUGGAGAUAUCGUGGCUUCUAAACGAACAGCGA